GGUAUAGCUGUAACUGCUUUAGUUUUCAAUUUUGCGACUGUUCGCAGGCAGUUAUAAUACAAAAUUCUACAAAAUUCAAAGUAAUAUAGGUUAACACAUGGCCGGGUUUCGAAGAGAUACCGAUAAAAGUGACGAAUCAACAAAAACACCCUUUCUACAAGAAUCCACCGCUGAUGAUGUGAAAAGCAGUAGAACAAGCGAUCACGCAAGCGAUCCCGGCGAGCGCGCAUCCCCAAGACCGUUCGCCAAAGACGCUCAACUCCUGACAUGUCGCUUCAAAGGAUUGUUAGCUCCCGUCUUCAGCUGCUUCAAGGAUGACGACAGUCGUCGAAGCCUGGACGUGCGACCCAUAAACCGUUACGCGGAGUGGCUGAAGAACCAAACGAUUGCCGGCGUCGUGGUCAACGGUGUCGUCGGUGAGGGUCCCAUGAUGCGGGUGCGCGAGCGCAAAGCUAACGCUGAGUACUGGCAUCGUGCAGCCCUGCGGCACAACUUGCUAGUACUCAUCCAGUUAGGCGGCGCUCCCUUGCCCGAUGUUCUAUCUCUCGCCUCGCAUGCCGAGGAGCUGCAUGUGAGUGGCGUCAUCGUGCUACCGGAUCUCUUCUAUAGGCCACGCACCGUGGACCAGCUGGUGGGCUACUGCAAGCAUGUGGCUAGUCGCUGUCGUACUCGUCCCUUUCUCUACUACCAUCUGCCCGCGAUGACGGGCGUCAAUCUGGACAUGGUAGAGUUCUGUGCCAAGGCCGAGCGUGCUAUACCCAACUUUAUGGGCUUGCACUAUUCCAGCGGCGAUCUGGAGAUGGGCCAGCGUUGCCUGCGCCUCGGACGUGUCAUUCUGCUCGGCUCCACGGCACUGCUGGCAAGCGGUCUAAUGUCCGGCUUCAGUUGCUGCAGUCUGGCCGUAAUCAAUAUUCGACCCGAUCUUGUGCGUCGCAUCUGCGAUGCCUUCGAUGCCAAUGAGUUGCAACGUGUCCGCGACACACAGCGCGAGUUAAAUCAGCUUAUUGAGAUUCACACACAGUUGAGCACCAACCUAGAGAAGUGGGUUAGUUCUAUGAAAAGCUGGCUGAAUAAAGAAUUCACUUCACGUGCCAACGGACCGUUCGGUGCUGGCCCGGCACGCAUUGUCUUCUAGCAUGUCGCACUCGAGGCUUUUUACAAAGGUUUUUACAUGUACUUGGAUCUAUCAAAUGUAUUAGUAUGUCACAAAUGCCAAAAAAUCUGCAUAAUCCCCAGUAAAUUCUUUGCUUGGGACUGGAAUUUCGAACACAUUUAACCUUGCAAUAAGAAAAGGUUUCUUAAAAUUUCAAGUCUUUACUAUUUUGGGGUGAAGGCAUAAAUAAACCUUAGCAUACAUUUCAAUCAGUGCUUAGCAAAGACACGAAUCAAAGCAUAUUUGAACAG